CUGAUUGGUUGACGUGUAGCCGAAUGCGGAAGUGGUUUCAGCUGCAAUGAGCCAUCAAACGAAGCUCGAAACAAUCCGUCUAUGAACUUUUAAAAAGGUUAUUACCUAUUGUUUUGAUUUCGACCAAGGCGGAAUGACGUCAGUGCUUCGUUUUUUGCUCGUGGUGACCGUUGCGAUUGCUGCGACUGCCAAGAACGAUGGGGAUGAUGAGUGGGUUCAUCUUCCGGACAAUUGUGAAGUGUGCAAGUUUGUCAGCAUCGAAAUGAAGUCCGCAUUCGACGAAACGGGGAAGACCAAAGAAGUCAUAGACCGCAAUUAUCGCUUCAUUGACAGUAAAGGAGCUCCACCCAUCAAAUACGUGAAGUCAGACCUGCGCUUCAUCGAAGUGGUGGAGAACGUGUGUCAGAGACUGUUAGAGUACAACCUGCACAAAGAGAGAAGCGGAAGCAAUCGUUUCGCCAAGGGCAUGUCCGAGACCUUCUCCACCCUCCACGGCCUGGUCAAUAAAGGCGUCAACGUGGUCAUGGACAUUCCGUACGAGCUGUGGAACGAGACGUCCGCCGAAGUUUCCGACCUCAAGAAGCGGUGUGACGUUUUGGUGGAGCAAUAUGAGGAUGUGAUUGAAGACUGGUACAAAGGCACCCAGGAAGAAGACUUAACCACUUAUCUGUGCGAGAAGCAUGUGCUCAAAGGAAAGGACACAGCCUGCCUGAAGGAGGAGUGGAAACCAAACAGGAAGGGAGACCAGGCAGCCCUUGCGAAUGAUAAGAAAAAGAAAAGCAAAAACGUCGACGGUCAAAAAAAGGAGAAGAAAGUGAAGAAGAAGAAGAAGGCGGGAAAGACGGAGGGCGUUCAGCCGGAAGUGCCUCUGUCCGGGCCGAAGACGGAGCUGUGAUAACUUUAUGGCAGAACUUUUGUUACGAUGAAGGAACUCUCCUACUGUGUGCUUGAGUUUGAAUGUUCAUGCUGUGUGUGUGUGUGCUAUUUAAUAUGCAUAUCUUUGCUGUUGGGUGGAAUCCUCGUACCUCUAAACACCAUUCUGCUAAAGCUCGUUCAACACAACCUGAGAAUCAUACUGAUAAAACUCACUCAUUUUGCUGCCUUCCCAAACUUUUAGAACACUGAGCGAUGCGCAAAACAGGAAACGGAGCACUUGAACUGAUUGGUGAAAAUUCACUGUGAAAAUCCAUUGUGUAUUUAGAUAGAUGUGGUUUGCACCCAAAAGCAAUGACGUAUGCGUGCACAUGUUUAGUGUGGAAAAAAAAAAAAUUCAAUUGUUGUUGUGGCUUUUGUCUUGAAAUAAAGUUUUAUAUAAAAGUCACACGCUACAGUGAGAUGAUCAUUUCAUACAUGCACAUUCAUUAACCCUUUUUAAGGCUUUUUGUUCCGGGAA